UCAAGAUUACAUUUGUUUACAAUUCAGAAUUUUGGAUGCAAAUGUAAUGAUUUAUGGGAGGAAUUCACGCAUCAAAGUCCACUGAGCACUGACUACAGGUUAUACAGUAUACAGUACCGUAAAGACGCUUUACUCUUCCCUGUCCACCGUGAAGCUUUGUAGACCGCUGAUGCUACCAUAAAUUGGAUCAUUGUUUUUAACAAUGACUUUGGGAAAGGAAACCCAGGCCAAGAUGGUGACCAUCAGACUUCAGAUAGGCCUUUCCCGUGAGGUCUACAAUAUCAACCCAAGUGAUGCCAUUUAUGGGACUGUGAAGAAGCUGGCUGUAGACCUUGUAGAGAAGAAGUACCCAGAAUACGGAUUCCUUGGUGUUUCUGAAAAAAUCCAGCUCUUUCGUCACAAUUUACACUCAGAAAAUAUCCUAGAGCUCCUUGCUGCAAACAAUGUUGUCUUUGAAGGAGACCUCAUUGAAGUGGUAUUGCCAGCGUCUGUCUCCCUUGACUUCUCAAUUCGUCCUCACAUUUUACUGGUUCAUUCCUACAAGUCCCCAGCUUUUUGUGACUACUGUGGAGAAAUGUUGUGGGGCAUUGUGAGGCAAGGGCUGAAAUGCCAAGGUUGUGGUCUUAAUUACCAUAAGCGGUGUGCAUUUAAUAUACCCAAUAACUGCAGGGGUGUAAAGAGGGGGCACCUUUCCAGUCGUUCUUUCACAGGACAAAGCUCUAUAACUAGACCAAGUUCAUCAUCGCAACAAGGCGGGGGCAGCUUAGAAGACCUGGGAGCAAAAAGCUCAGAUUGGAGAGAACCUCUGAUCACAAAAAAGCCUCGCGUUCCCUCCUUUAGUGGACGUCCUCUAUGGAAGGACUGGCAGGAAAUGAACAGAGUCAAAGUUCCCCACACCUUCCAGGUCCAUUCGUACACGCGCCCAACCAUCUGCCAGCACUGCAGACGCCUAUUGAAGGGGCUUUUUAGACAGGGCAUGCAAUGUAAAGAUUGCCGGUUCAACUGUCACAGACGAUGUAUGUCAGAUGUACCAGACGAGUGCCGGGGCGAGGUAGCCAAUAGCAUUGAUGGAGAAGAUGGAGAAAACUUUGUUCAGGAAGGGGAUGACGAUGCAGACAGUGAAAGAAGAAUUAGCAUCGGUGGAAGUGCCCAGGAGGAAGAGGAAAACUUAUCUAAAGAGACCGAAACCACACUUUGUCCCACUGAGAAUCCAAUGUUUGACAGUAACUUCAUCCCUCUUAUGAGAGUGGUACAAUCUGUUCGCUAUAACAAGAAGAAGAACAGUUGUGUCUUACUGGAAGGAUGGCUGGUUCACUUUACCAGUAAAGACACCAUGCGAAAAAGGCAUUAUUGGCAGCUCGACAGUAAAUGCAUCACUUUAUUCCAUAAUGAGACCGGUGGCAAGUUUUAUAAGGAGUUACCUCUUUCAGACAUUCUCCAUAUCGAAGCAUUUGACCUGAAAGCCAGUGGAGUCCGAACAAGUAAUGAGACCCCUCAUUGCUUUGAGCUGCUGACUGACACACUAGUGUAUUAUGUGGGAGAGAGGCGUUCUACUCCAGAGGCCGGACAAAAUGGUGAUAUGUGGUACAAAAUGAUCCGUCAAGCACUGUGGCUCGGAAUGAAUGAGAACCCAACAACCAAGGCGUCUACACAGUCAAGCAUUCCAGGAGUAAGUCUUGAACCACAGCGGAAUUUGGACAUCAGUCACAUGUAUCAGAUUUUCCCAGAUGAUGUAUUAGGAUCAGGACAAUUUGGAACUGUUUAUGGAGGAAAACACAGAAAAACUGGGAGAGAUGUUGCCAUAAAAGUUAUCGACAAACUCAGAUUUCAAUCAAUUCAAGAAAGUCAACUAAGGAAUGAAGUGGCCAUUCUACAGAAUCUGCGCUUCCCUUGUGUGGUUGUCCUUGAAGCCAUGUGUGAAACUCCCGAACGUAUCUUUGUGGUAAUGGAGAAGUUACAUGGCGAUAUGCUAGAGAUGAUCCUUUCUAGUGAAAAGGGAAGACUUCCAGAAAGGAUCACCAGAUUUCUCGUCACCCAGAUACUAAUUGCCCUGCGGCAUCUCCACUCGAAAAAUAUUGUUCACUGUGACCUCAAACCAGAAAAUGUCCUUUUGGCCAGUGAGGAUCCAUUCCCACAAAUUAAGCUCUGUGACUUUGGCUUUGCUCGUAUUAUUGGUGAGAAGUCUUUCCGACGGUCAGUUGUUGGAACCCCUGCUUACUUGGCCCCUGAAGUUCUGAGGCACAGUGGCUACAACCGUUCUCUUGAUAUGUGGUCUGUUGGAGUAAUCAUCUAUGUGAGCCUCAGUGGUACAUUUCCAUUUAACGAGGAUGAAGAUAUCAAUGAUCAGAUCCAGAAUGCAUCUUUCAUGUAUCCAAAAAACCCAUGGAAUGAGAUUUCAGAUGAUGCAAUUGCACUUAUUAACAGUUUGCUGCAAGUGAAAAUCAGAAAACGGUUCAGUGUCAGCAAAGCUCUCAGUCAUCCCUGGAUGCAGGACUUCCAGACCUGGCUGGAUCUUCGUGAGUUAGAGACAAGGGUAGGCCACAGAUACAUCACCCAUGAGAGUGACGAUGCCCGUUGGCAGAAGUUUGCGGAAGAAUGUGGUUUUGUAUACCCACAGCACUUUGUCGUGGGCCCACAAUUUGAUGAAACCGAAGAGGAAGACGAAGGUCAGGGGUGAAGAAUUAUUCACAGCAAAGACAAUCUACUCAAGGACCCAAAUUUUUGGGAACGUCUCAAAACACAAAGUGACUAGAAAAUACUGAUACACUAUUUAAAUCUGAGUCGUUUUAUCUUGUUGGCUAAUAAUAUUAAUUACAAUUAAUUGUUUAUAUUAAAAUAAGAGAGGUAGCCUCCCAUACAAUGCAAAGAACUUUGGUCUCUGAUGGCAUUGCGUUUGUUUAUAUGCAGUCAUAUACAUUUACAGUGUAAAAAAGUUUUUCUUUCUCCUCUCCCAGUUGUUGUUCUUUCCUUUCAUAAUUAUUGAAUUUAUUAUCAUACUACUUAUUUUAUAAUGUAAUAAUAGAACGUCAUCGUGUAUAAUAGACUGUCUUCAUAUACAUAUAUUGUGAAGUAUGAUCAUGAAAGAUAAUGAUUUUGGUCCAUGUACAAAUAUGGUUAGUUCUAUCUAGCUUUCACACUUUAUCUUCUUAAGAAAUAUAUAUUUUGUGGUUAUAUUGAUGAAAUAAAAUUAUUUAUCUCA